UACAGGGAACGCGUGUGGAGUUCGACUACUGCUUGCAAUGUCGGCUACCUCGUGAAUUCUCUCUCAGUCGGCCGCGUUUUUUCUUGGAUUGGAAGUUCAGAAUGCGGCGUGUUUGAGAUCCAAUGCUAAAGGAGUAGCAAGAAAAAAAAUUCUCGGAUAAAACAUUUGCGGUAAUUACAUACUGGAUUUUACCUACAAAAGUGUCUCACCUUCCCAAUGCCUUCAUCCAGAGCUUCCUUUUCAUUCGACGAUCAUCCUGUGACGUCAUCGCAAGCGCCGGAGAAUCUCAAGCAGCGGUAAGGGGAGUGCUUUUCGACUCACACAACCGAAGGAGAUUCCUGUGAGAUUGGUGGAAGGAGAGUGUUCGUCACGUCAUUCUUUCUCUCGAAGAACGCGGUGACGAAAAGAUAGUCUGUGGAUACCUAACUUACGAGUGACAGUUAUGGAUGUUUACCAUUUGUCAAUAGUAGCGGAUGAUGUAAGAUGCGUGAUUUAUAAUUUCUCUCUCUUUGGGCAAGUUUUAUAAUAUUUCGUCUUGAACUUCACUUGGUUUUUGACUAAAAAAUUUUCUUUUCUCCCCACAAAAAAAAAAAAAAAAGUUCGAUGCUUUAAACAGCUUAAUAUGCCAAAAGGAAUUUCAACUAACAGAUGGUUCUCACAGUUCUUUGAAGUAUUCAGGGGUUUCCUUCAUAUUCUGAAUUUUUAAUUAACGAGGUGGAUUGCAAGCAUUGUUAAAAAUGAAAGCAUUAAGUGCGUUUGUAUUGUUAUUGCUCAUGAUAUCGACCGGCGGACAGAUGGAACGAUGCGAAGAAAUCACCAUUCCUAUGUGCAGAGGCAUUGGUUACAAUUAUACUUCGAUGCCAAAUAAAUUCCAUCACGAUACUCAGGAUGAGGCUGGACUAGAAGUGCACCAAUUCUGGCCACUGGUUGAAAUACAUUGUUCUGAUGAUCUGCUCUUCUUCUUGUGUUCUCUCUAUGCCCCCAUCUGCAUUGAAGACUACCAGGGACAACUACCUGCCUGUUAUUCUGUGUGUGAACGAGCAAGAGCAGGUUGUGCUCCAAUCAUGCAUAAAUAUGGUUUUGUUUGGCCGGAACGUAUGAACUGCGAUGAUUUUCCACGUUAUGGUGACCAAGAGCAUUUGUGUAUGGAUGCAAAAGAAGGAGCUGGUCCUGAAAAUGGGGAUUAUAAUGCUAAGCAAGAGACAAAACCAGUUCGAAGACCUCCGUCUUACAGGGGUAGGAAUUCUAAAGGCAGAGAUCGACACGAAUCUAUUUCCUCAGGUGGAAGUCCCGGCCAUCCACCUAGUUUAGUUACACCAGGAAGUGUAGAUUCUGAUUGCAAAUGUGAAUGUCGUUUCCCAAUGGUACCUUUGGUUGAUGCUGCUGAUCGCAAGCUGUACCAGGAUGUUGCAACCGGAGGUGUACCACAAUGUGCCAGACCUUGUCGCGGUACCUUUUUCAACAAAGAUGAACAGACCUUUGCUACCUUUUGGAUUGGUCUCUGGGCCAUCAUUUGCUGCUUUUCUGCUAGUAUGACUGUGCUGACAUUCCUGAUUGACCCCACCCGGUUUAGAUAUCCUGAACGUCCUAUUAUUUUCCUAUCCGGCUGCUACCUCAUGGUAUCCAUAGGUUACUUAGUGAGACUGGGUCUUGGCCACGAGGCAGUGGCUUGUGAUGGGCAAAUCAUUCGCUAUCACACUAUAGGCCGCCCACCAGCCUGCACUAUCGUCUUCCUGCUCGUGUAUUUCUUUGGAAUGGCCAGCUCUCUGUGGUGGGUCAUCCUGACUCUCACCUGGCUGCUGGCAGCCGGGCUGAAGUGGGGAAACGAAGCUAUUGCUGGGUAUUCCCAGUAUUUCCAUCUUGCCGCUUGGCUUGUACCCACUGGCAAAUCAAUCGCUGUCUUGGCUAUGGGCGCUGUGGAUGGUGAUCCUGUAGCAGGAAUAUGUUCAGUCGGCAAUCAGAAUGUGGAUCAUUUACGAUGGUUCGUCAUCAUGCCACUGUGUGCUUACCUUCUACUUGGCACAUCUUUCCUCCUUGCUGGAUUCGUCUCGCUGUUCCGCAUCCGCAAAGUGAUUCGACAGCAGGCGCGGGCCAAAGCGGAUAAACUGGAGAAGUUGAUGAUCCGUAUCGGUGUCUUCUCCGUCCUCUACACUGUACCCGCGACCAUCACCAUAGGAUGUUACUUCUACGAGCAACAUUACAGGGAGAGGUGGGACCGACGCCACAACUGUCCUUGUGACACAGAACAAUCUCGACCAGACUAUUCGGUGUUUAUGCUCAAAUAUUUCAUGUGUCUGGUGGUGGGAAUUACAACCGGGUUUUGGAUCACAUCAGUCAAAACUCUGGAGUCUUGGCGGCGUCGACUUUGCAGUCGACGAGGACAGAGAGGUGGUCCCGGUUCAGUAUCUCAAAGAACCGGUACCCCUGGUGGUGCAGAGGGCUUGUAUGGACCUAGAACGUUUAAGCCCCUCAGCCCAGCAAGCCAUGUGGGGCACGUGCCCUCUAGUUGUAAACAGGUGCCAUUAUCGCAUGUGUGAAUUUUUGCCAUGGAGUAAUUUAUCGUUUUGGACUGUGGGAGGUAAUGUAUUUUAUUUCUUUUGCCUCAAAAGACUCGUAUAUGAAUUCUGGAUUAUUUUAUUGGAAAUUUUUAUUUAUUUUGUUUUGUAUUAAAUAUUUUUAUCAUCUGAAGAACAGUUGUAAAAGAAAGUGAUACUCACGUAGCGUAGUUAAGUUGAUUUAUUAUAUUCUUGUAUAUAUUUAAUGUUUAAAUUCAAUAUAAUUAUCUCAUAAGGACGUUUUUUUUUAAAGUUUAAUUACUUUUUAUUUGUUCUUUUAAUGCUUUAAACUAAAGUCAUAAAAUUUCUUUAUUUUUCUUUAUUGUCCUCAUAAUUGUAUUUCUUUUUGAAUAACUAUAAUCAGUUAAAGUUUAUAACUUGAUUGUUUUCCUUUUUUUUUAAAUAUUAUUUUAAUUUAAAAAGCAUCUUAGAAUAUUUUUAAAAACCGAAGAAAAAUUACAAAAAAAUUAAAUUGCUGAACUUGAAUCAAAAUGAAUUUUGGUUGAGUGUAGUUUAUUGUUUUCUAAAUAACUAAAAAAAAAAAUUCUAGAUC